CCUUGUCGCUCUCACCUACCCUCCCUUGCACCCAUAAUCUGUUGCUUCCCGCGCCUCCGACCCGACUCCGCGUCUCGCUCUCCACACCCGUUGCGCCUGUAACUCAAUACUCGUCACCUUCGACUCACCACACUCCUCGUGAACCGGAAUCCAUCAUGUCGAACCAAGGAUACUACCAAGGGCCUCCGCCCCCCCAGCAGGCCUACUACCCUCAGCAAGGCUACCCUCAGCAGGGCUACCCGCAGGGCCCACCACCGCAGAUGCAAUACCCGCAACAACCCCAGACCGUCAUCGUGAAAGAAAAGAAGGACCGUGGCUGCCUGGGAACUUGUUUGGCAGUUCUUUGCUGCUGCUUCGUCUGUGAAGAGGGUUGCGAAUGCUGCGCAGAAUGCUGCGAAUGUGCCGAGGACUGCUGCUAA